AGGAGCGGUGGAGGCCGGGGAAGGUCUGAGGGGGGAAGUCCCCGCCAUGGCGGGGACCGGUGUGAGGUGCCGGUGAACGGCGGUGGCCGUCCCCCUCGUUUCUCCGGUCCAUGGUGCUGCCCCCCUGCCCCAUGGCGGAGUUCGUGGUGCCGCGGCACAGCGCGGUGAUGGAGCGGCUCCGCCGGCGUAUCGAGCUCUGCCGGCGCCACCACAGCGCUUGCGAGUCCCGCUACCAGGCCGUGUCGCCGGAGCGCCUGGAGCUGGAGCGCCAGCAAACCUUCGCCCUGCACCAGCGCUGCCUGCAGGCCAAGGCCAAGCGGGCCGGCAAGCACCGGCAGCCGCCCCCGGCGCCGCCGCCGCCCGCACCCCCUCCGCCAGCCGCAGCCGUCGCGGGAAGCGCCGACAGGACUGGAGCGAACGGCCUGGACGCCGAGGCGGCGAGCGGCGAGCAGCACGGCCGCAGCAGCACGCUGAUCGCGCAGCUCCAUGAGACUGUGAAAAGAAAGCUGGAUAGUGCUGCUUCCCCUCAGAAUGGAGACCAGCAGAAUGGCUAUGGUGAUGUGUUUUCUGUGUCCAAGAAACUGCGGCGUGAUGAUGGUCUUGGUGGAGUGAGUGGUUCUUCCAAUGGAAUGCCUCCUGUGUCUCCCCUCCAUCACCUUGACAAGAAAUCUGGCAAUGGAGAUACCUUACAGCUGAAUGGAAAACAUCCAAUGGGGCUAGAUGGCAUCAGCAAGAAGUGUCUUCCAGAUUCCAGCCUCCAGAUGAAUGGAGGUGGGGAUGCUGAUGACUCAUUUCCUUUGAGUUUGAACAAGGAGCUGAAGCAGGAGCCUGUAGAUGAUCUUCCAUGUAUGAUUGCUGGAGCAGGGGGGUCUAUAUCUCAGAACAACUUGAUGCCUGAUCUUAAUCUGAAUGAGCAAGAAUGGAAGGAGCUUAUCGAGGAGCUUAAUAGAUCAGUGCCUGAUGAAGACAUGAAGGAUCUCUUUAAUGAAGACUUUGAAGAGAAAAAAGAUGCAGAUUCUUCAAAUUCAGCUGCACAGACUCCUUUGCCACAAGAUAUUAACAUAAAGACUGAGUUUUCCCCAGCACCCUUUGAACAGGAGCAGUUGGGAUCUCCUCAGGUGAGAUCUGCUUCAUCAGGUUCAGCUUUUCUUGGUGCUGCUUCUGUACCUGUAAGUGCUGCUUCUCCAGCGGUCGGUAGUUCUCAGGCUAUGUUUCAGCCUUCCAGUCAGUCAAUGACUGAAAACCCUAAUCAGCCCAUGAUGCAGGCAUCAAACCACUCUCAGAAUGUCCAGAGGCCUCUUCCCGGUGUGUUGUUACCUGGGAAGGGUGCAGGAAGUGCCAAAGAAAUGUCUUCUGCUCAUCAACUUCAGCAGAUUGCAGCCAAGCAGAAGAGAGACCAGAUGUUGCAGAAUCAGCAGCAAGCCUCACAAGUCCACCAAACAAAUCAACUAUCUACAUGGCCACAGUCUGGGCCUUCUCACAGUCCUCUGGCUGUCUCAUGCACCAUGGAGAAUCCCACCAGCCCUUCUGUUUACCAACCAGACUUCAACAACCAGAAGCUCAUGAUGCCUAAUAUGGGAAAUAAAGGCUCCCUGAGAGCUGGAGGCAAUUACCAUGUGAACAUUUUGGGUCAUCAGCAAAACAGCUUGAACCAGAACCCUGUGAAUAGUCAAGGGUCUAUGCUGGACUAUGGGAACACCAAACCUCUUUCCCAUUACAAAGCAGAAUGCGAGCAGGGGGUCACAGUACCUGGUCAGAACAAGUCCCCCAUGCUGGCAUACAUACAGCAGCGCCAGCAGCCGCCACUGUCACACGUGAAUGAUGACCAAAAUGGGAUGAUCCUGUUGAAACCCAAGCCUGGAAACAUUGCCUACCGACUGCCACACAGUCAGGAUCAAACCCCUUCUCCUAAUGUUCCUCGUGUUCCUGUUUCUGUCCCGGGCCCUGGUGUGGGUGCCCAGGCUCCCAGCGUCUCCAUGGCAGGGAACCACAGCAGCUCACCUUAUCUCAGCAAUCAGCAGCAAGCAGCAGUGAUGAAGCAACACCAAAUGCUGAUGGACCAGCAGAAGCAGAGGGAGCAACAACAAAAGCACUUGCUCAUGGAGCAACAGAAGCAACAGUUCUUAAUGGAGCAGAGACAGCAACAUCUUCUAGCUGAGCAGGAGAAACAGCGGCAGCAGCAGGAGCAGCAGCUGCAGAGGCAUCUGACUCGACCACCUCCCCAGUAUCAGGAUCAACCACAGAAUCCGUACCAGCAGCAGGUCGGGCAGUUCACAGGUUCGUCUUCAGCCAUGCCUGGGGUCACUAACUUAGGACAGUCCAGCUCCAGCAGCCCACGGAUGUUUCCUCAGACGCAGAGCAUGAUUCAGAUGGGACCUGGGCACAGUUCUGUUCCUCCGCUCCAGUCGGGCUCCAGUCAGCAGGAUCGGGCGGUGACUCAGUACACCAAUAUGCAGAACAUCCAGCGAGGGGGACUGUAUAACCUGCCCUCUGGUAUGACCCAGAUGGUUCCCCAGCACACAACUCCGAGUGCCAACGGGCAGCCACCGAUGCAGAGGCAGGGUGGCUUGGGCCAGGCCGCUGCUGUUCCUGCUGGCUACGGGCAGAACACCUUAGCGAACUCAAGUAUUUCUCAGCCGCACAGUAAAGGUGCACUGAAUCCAACCUUAUCUAAGCCGCAGAUGGCAAGAGUACCAGCUGCCAUGGGGGCUCAAAAUCCAUCUUGGCAGCACCAAGGUAUCCCUAAUAUUAACAACCAGACACAAGCAAACAGUGGCUUAGGACCGUUCACUGCCAGCUCCUCUUUCCACAUGCAGCAAACUCAUCUAAAGAUGGCCAACCAACAGUUUGCCGCAGGAAUGCCUCAGGUAAGCCUAAGCACCAGCAGACCCCUGACCUCCAUGAACGCUGCCGUCUCUGGGCAGAUGUUGUCGUCGUCUUUAGGCGCGCAACAGCGGACAAACCCACCCGCACAGCAGCAGGUACCCUCACAGCAAGUCUUGCCUGGCAUCAACCAGACUGUUCCAGAUCUGAACGCUUUCAACCAGAAUCCAAAUCAGCAAAUGCCCAACAGAGGUAAUCUGCACUGUAGUCAAGGGUACCCUGUGAGGACAACCAGUCAAGAGCUGCCUUUUGCCUACAGCAGCCAGUCGGGCAAUAAUGGGCUUCAGAACUUAACUGGCGACACAGACCUGAUAGACUCUUUGCUGAAAAACAGGACUUCAGAGGAGUGGAUGAACGAUUUGGAUGAGUUGUUAGGAACUCAUUAAAACAGGGCCGGGGGUGGGGGGCUGACUUUUUUAAUUAUUUCAUGAAAUUUAAGCAACACUUGGACCAAAAAAAACCUGUGGCAUUGAGGAGACUUGCAGGCAUUAGAGGCAAAUGGUUGGGUAAAGGGACUGGAGCUGCUUCUCAACAAGCAUCGAUGCGUGGUCGUGGCACACCAAGCGGGUCUGCAGGAGGAGUGUGCCUUGUCUUGGUGUCUCUAAGGAGUCACACACUUGAAAAGGUCAAGAAAUACUGUGCAUGUCCUAGCCAGCCUUCGAGAUCUCACUUGCAGUGUUCUAACGUGGAAAUUAGUUUUUUUUUUCUUUUAAAUUAUUUAAAAAUGAAAUUCCACAGAGAUAGUGCAGAAAGAAAGCAAAUAGUUGCACAAAUUGCAGUUAGGGCUUAGUCUCCUGCAGCUAUUACUUGCAAUCAUUAUUUGUUGAUAGCUUGACGUGCUGUUAGAGUACAGUCCAUCAACCUCCUGACUUUGUAUUUGAAGCAGAGGCUGUAUGCACCUGAGCAAGCUUGCAAAAGGUUUGGAAUGGUUUCUUUUCCCCUUCGCUGAAGCAUGUGCCUGUGCUCUCAGUAAGCAAGUGAUAUUUCACAGUAAAUAUUUCUAGAUGCUGGUAAUAGAUGAAAGAAAGUAUUAAAACCUGGCCAGUUAGUCUAGGUAGUCGUCUUAAUAGAUUGUAGUCUUUUAAGCUGCAGUUUGCACUCUGUUGUAGAGAGGCACAGUUCUUGGCUUAUACCUUGCUGUGUUUAAAGGGGGAAUUUCUUAUGGGAGAACUUUUAAACUAUAGUAGGUUUAACGUGAAUUGUAAAGCCAUUUACUUUGCACCUGUUUCCUUCAUAACUUAUUUCCAAAGGUUAGAUGUAUUUAAAAUGAAGGCUUUGCUUCAUGACAGCUCAUCUAGUUUUCUUUGUUGUAAAAAGUAAAACUAACUCGUGAGAUCAGUCUGUUCCCCAGCGUCGGCAAUGAGCACAAGACUUUGUCACUUCAGGAUCAAAACGAGGUGGAAAAAAAAGAAAAAGAGUUUGACUGAAAUGUGGAGAGUCCUUAUCAGCAAUAAUAGCACAGGCAGCCUGGGAGGACACUCGUGUCAGGGUUGCUCUAAUGUGGAAGUCUCCCCCUUUAAAUGCUUUUUGUGUUUUAAAUACUGUAUGACGAGUUUGAUGAUCUCUCUCUAGACUGGUGGAUUUAUGUCUUUAAUAUCCCUUGAAGCAGAUGCUGGUUCUUCAGCUCGGCCCGAGGAGACCUCUUAUCUGUAUGUUGGGGUCAGUCCCAGGAAGGACAACAACCACCAUGGGACGAGUCAAGCGUUCCAAAGUCCUUACUUUCUACCAAAAAAAAUCCCCUAUCCACCACCAAACCACCUUGCCUUAACCUUUGUUUUGAAACAGAAAGAAAAGUUGAAAGCUUUUGUUUGAAAUGCACAAAUACCUCUUCCCUUUUUAAAAUUCCCCCUUUUUGGAAAACUCCUUUCAACUUUCCAAUCAAACCCAGCAAUUGUGAUUUAAAAGCAAUUUCCUUCAACACCGACUGGCUUCUUCAGGAGGGAGUCUUCUGCACUGCAGAGAGAGGGUUUGUUGUUGGGGUUUUUUUUUUCCACAGUGGGUGAAGGGAAGUGAAGGAUCACAUUGAUUUCAAAGAAGGAAAAUAUUUUACUGUAUCUUCAGCUCCUUUAUGAGACAAUUUGCACUUUCAAAAACUGCUUUUUUUAACACUAAUACUUUUAACCCUUUCCAAAUAUGCAUGAACCAUGGUUUGUCCAGCACACUUGGAUAGUGUGGAUGAAUGAUCUCUGUUGAACAGAUUGGAUAUCGUGUCUUGUUGAACUGUUGGUGACAGAUGUGCAUCAAUCAGUGGAUCCCACCGUUGAAUAGUGGAUAAACUUCACUGAAGCAGACUUAAUCCCUCGUUAGAGCUUUGAAAAGAUAACAUAAAGAUUGUCUUUGGAUGGGAAGACAAAGGUGUUAGGGACUUUGGUUGUUGACACUUCUGGUAUUUUUCUAGACUAAGUAGUUGAGAUGCAAAUAACUGAUGCUAACUUUUCUUGUACUGGCAAUCUAAGGAAGAAAAGAGCUUAGGGAGUUUGGUUUGCUAGGAAGUAAAACCAAAAACUGGUCCAAGGUAAGUGUCAUUAGAAGAGUAGAGCUAUAAACUAGCAGUGGCAGGGGAAGGAGUGUUUGCUGUAUUUUUAUUUUUAAGGGUUAACUUUGCACCAGUGUGCCUUCCCUUCCUGUUGGGGGUGCUUGGGACCUCAUAAUUUCAAGUGGCAUCCUUCCAUGCCACUACUUGUUUUCUCCCCCUUACAAACACUUGAGAGAAGUAACAGGGUAGUAGGAUCCAGCUUUUCUUUCUUCCCUGUGUAGGUUGUGGUGAAAUCUGCUAGACGUUUCCCAGUAGAUUUUGCACACAGACUUUGUUCAGUUGAAGUCAAAAUACAAUCCAUCCAGUUGUGAUUUCCUACUUGGAGGAAAAGAACAUCUGCUCCUUGCAUUACUACUACCAAAAAGGCAAUCCAGUUAAAUGUCCAGGAGGACGCAGGUGUACUUUUCCCUCCGUUGUUUCUGGAGGCUAAGGUGGAUAUUGCCCUGCCUGACCAGAGGGUUUGUUCAGGAAGGAACCUGGAUUAGGUGACAGGGCCUUUUCAUGGUACUGUUGAACUCAAAUUAGGAUUCUAGGCAAACUGGCUUACAGUGCCCAUUGUUCUUCACGUGUGAACAGGAUCCAAACAGCAUUUAACCUGAUAGAAAGCACAGCCUUUGCUUCUGGCUUUGGUCCCUGUCCACAGAGCGCAACCAGACAGUUGGAAAGGCGAAACAGUUCAAUGGAAACGCAGAUAGGGUUUAGGUGUACAUAGGUGCAUGGGUGGGGCUGGGCUUUGCCUCUGUGCCCUGUAACAUGUAGCAGUCUGUAUAUGCACUUGGGCUUUCCAUUUGCUGCAGCUUCAGAGCAAUAAAAUGUAUCUCCCCUGAACUGUACCUAGCCAGCCGCCCAUGGCUUUAUUUAUGAACUGCGGUCUUGGUUGGGUGGGAAAGGUGAGAGAGUCACUGUGCAACAUCCACUGCCUUCCAAAAACCACCAUUCAAUCGAAAAGGGUGCUCGAAAAUUUGUUACACACAUUUCCUUUGUGUAAAUAAAUGUUUACAAUUUUAUAUUAAAGAUUUGAAUAAGAGUUAGAUCUUCUGACUGUAUAUUUUUUACUUUUUAUAGAUUUUAAAACUAUAAUUCUUUAUAUAUGUGUUUGGGGUGGGGGGGGGUGGGGGGGUAUUAUGGUAAGUUUUAUGCUUGUAAAUGGAGAACAGUUGAAUUUGAUGCUAACCUUUAUGGAUUUUUGUCAUUGAAAUGUAUAAAGAGUCCAUUAAUCCCCUUAUUCUUUUACUACAAUUACUGGUGCACACCCAAAAAGAAAAAAAAAGAAAUCCUUCACUUCUGUUUUAUCAUUAUAAAAUAAAUAUUUUGCUAGUGUAUUAAA